AUGUCAGCGAAACAGGAGAUCAGGAGCUCGUCGGCGCCCAACCCAGUCGGCACAUACUCUCAGGCCAUACGGGUUGGCAAUACAGUGUAUCUGUCGGGUCAGGUCAGCAUCGAUCCCAAGUCGGGUCAAGUGGUGUUGGAGUCGUUUGAAGCGCAGGCGGAACAGGUGUUCAACAAUCUGAGAGCAGUGGCCGAGGCGUCCGGCGCUACUCUCGACCAUAUCGUCAAACUAACCAUUUUUAUCAAAGACUUCAAACACUUCCCGACAGUUAACCAAACAAUGGAGAAGUACUUCAAGAAACCAUUUCCGGCCCGAAGUACUAUCGGUGUGUCCAGUCUUCCCCUCGGCGUCGACAUCGAAGUCGAGGCCAUUAUUCAUCUCUGA